AUGGAGAGAACACUGUUCUUGAAACUAUUCACUUUUUCAGCACUUUUAUUAUGUUCAGUUACCUCAUCAUCAUCGAAAUCAUCAUCAAUAGAUACACUCAAACUGGUAAAUGCAUCCAGGCUUGAAAUGUUUGUUGAUAAGCUUCCCGAUAUGCCAAAAAUCUAUGGCUACGAUGUUGUUGAUGGCGUUCCCAAAUCAAAGUCGCUCAAGAUUGGCAUGUUCAAGAAAAAAUGGAAAUUCCACAGAGAUCUUCCCCCAACAACCGUUUACGCUUACGGAUUAACCAAACAAAAAGCAACUAUUCCUGGUCCAACAAUCGAAGCCCUCCACAGAAUCCCCACCCACGUGACGUGGCAAAAUCACCUCCCUCCAAAUCACAUUCUUCCCUGGGACCCAACAAUCCCCACAGCCUUAACCAAAACCACCCACGGCAUCCCCACCGUGGUCCACCUCCACGGUGGAAUCCACCACUCCGAAAGCGACGGAAACGCCAACUCAUGGUUCACUUCCAAAUUCAAAAUCAAGGGACCCACUUGGACAAACAAAACAUACCACUAUUCAAAUAAUCAACACCCUGGAAAUCUAUGGUACCACGAUCACGCUAUGGGGUUGACCAGAGUCAACCUUCUCGCUGGCUUAAUCGGGUCCUACAUCAUACGUCACCCGAAAAUUGAAUCUCCAUUACAAUUACCUCACGGUGACGAAUACGAUCGACCGUUGAUUCUCUUCGAUCGCACCUUCAAAACCGACGGUUCGAUUUACAUGAACUCAACCGGAAACAACCCUUCUAUCCAUCCACAGUGGCAACCGGAGUAUUUCGGUGACGCCACUAUCGUUAACGGAAAAGCUUGGCCGAGUUUAACCGUACGACGUCGUAAAUACAGAUUCCGUAUAAUCAACGCAAGCAACGCCAGAUUCUUUAGAUUGUUCUUCACCAACGGUUUAAGAUUGGUACACGUGGCAUCUGAUUCUGCUUAUAUUACAAAACCAGCUGCAAGUAAUAGAACUCUUGUGGGGCCAUCUGAGAUCACAGAUUUUAUAGUUGAUUUUUCGAAAUCCAAGAGUAAUGUAGCUAUUCUAGCUAAUGAUGCACCGUAUCCUUACCCAUCCGGUGAUCCGGUUGAUGAAUUAACCGGUAAUGUUAUGAAAUUUAUCAUCUCACCGGAUAAAGAGGUUGACACGUCACGUAUACCGAAGAACCUUGUGGAGUAUCCGGUUGCUGAUAUAUCCGGUGUGUCGCAGACACGGUACAUUGCUAUGUAUGAGUAUACUAGUAAUAUAGAUGAACCCACUCAUUUGUAUCUGAAUGGGAAACCUUAUGAUGCUCCAGUUACUGAAACUCCGAAGGCGGGAUCCACUGAAGUUUGGUAUGUGAUUAACUUGACAGAUGAUAAUCACCCGCUUCAUAUUCAUUUGGGGUUGCUUAAGGUGUUGGAUCAGACGGAGCUUGUGAAAGCUGACGAAUUUAAGGAUUGUAUGACCAAAAUUAACGAUGCUGUUAAGUGCCACGUGGAUAAGUAUGCAAGUGGGAAGAAAGUUAAGGUGCCUAAUUAUGAGAAAGGGUGGAAGAAUGUGUUUAAGAUGAGGCCUGGGUUUGUGACUAAGAUUGUUGUCAGGUUUGGUUAUAUUCACACCAAUGCGUCGUAUGAGUUUGAUGCAACCGCAGGACCUGGUUACGCGUAUCAUUGUCAUAUAUUGGACCAUGAAGACAAUGCUAUGAUGAGACCGUUGAAGAUUAUUAAGUGA